AUGAAUGACAACCUAAGAGAAAUGUGUAGCCUCAUUGUGAUGGAUAAUCAACAGGUGUUGAACUCCAUUUUUAGUCUUCAACGGGAUCUAUUUAUAUGCCUUCAGCUAGGGUUUUUUUUUCAUUAUUUUGGAUCAUGGACCUUUGUAGAAAUCACAUCAAGCCCAAUAUUAUCCUCACCAUAUUCCCUUCUUUUCUUCUGCUCCGUACACAAGCAAUUCAAGUACAAACUUGGAUGGGAGACAAAGUAUAACAUGGUAGACUACUACAACAGAAGUGCAGGUGGGGCUUGUCCUUUUUGCAAAAAUCAGAAAUUGUCGCUAAGCUCGCUGGAUUUAUCUUCUUUCUACCACUGUCCGGAGGAUCUCCCACUGGUUCUAGCAGCAAACACUGUCGUCGAUGUUUCUCUCUGCCGUCUGAAUCUCCUAACGACGUCGUUCAGAGAAGGUUUCAAGUCUAACCAAAUCAAAUCCAUCACGUCAUCGUGUCCUAACCUGGAGCAUCUUCUCGUGGCUUGUACUUUUGAUCUGAGGUACAUCGAAUUUGUAGGUGACGAAACAUUAUUGGCUCUCACUUCCAAUUGCUCCAAGCUCUCGCUUCUUCAUAUGGAUGAUACGUUGUCGUUUUUGAAUCGUAGAGAGGAAGAUGAUGGAGAGGAUGCUAGCGUAAGUCAUGCCACGCUUCUAGCGUUGUUCUACGGGCUUCCCCUUUUGGAAGAAUUGGUUCUAGAUGUUUGUAAAAAUGUCAGUGAGAGUGGUAUUGCUUUGGAGAUGUUAUGUUCCAAGUGCCCAAAUCUGAAGGUUGUGAAGUUGGGUCAGUUUCAAGGGAUUUGUUUGGCAAUUGGGUCACGCCUCGAUGGAAUUGCACUUUGCCACGGGCUUCAAUCCUUGUCUGUUAGUUGUUGUGGUGACCUUGAUGACAUGGGGUUGAUUGAAAUUGGCAGAGGGUGUUCUCGGUUGGUAAGGUUUGAGAUUCAGGGAUGUAAGCUUGUUACGGAAAAAGGGUUGAAAACCAUGACUUACUUGCUACGCAGAACUUUGAUUGAUGUCAAGGUUGCUUCAUGUGUCAACCUUGAUGCAGCUGCUACUCUCAGAGCUUCAAAACAUUUACCUUUACGAUAA